GCAGCGCACUGGCCAACGCGGCCAACUCUGGAGCCCUUUGUGAGGGCGGUGGGCUGCGCCGGGUAGCGGCACCAUGAGCGGCUCUGGCGGGGCGUCAGCGACGUCCGUCAACUCCGCGCCGCCUGCGCAGGAGGAGGGCAUGACAUGGUGGUACCGCUGGCUGUGUCGCCUGUCGGGGGUGCUGGGGGCCAUCUCGUGCGCCAUCUCGGGCCUGUUCAGCUGCAUCACCAUCCACCCUCUGAACAUCGCGGCGGGCGUGUGGAUGAUCACGAACGCCUUCGUCCUGCUGCUCUGCGAGGCGCCCUUCUGCUGCCCGUUCAUCGAGUUCGCCAACACGGUGGCGGCGAAGGUGGACCAGCUGCGCUCCUGGCAGAAGGCCGUCUUCUACUGCGGGAUGGCCGUCGUCCCCAUCGUCAUCAGCCUGACCCUGACCACUCUGCUGGGCAACGCUGUCGCCUUCGCCACCGGCGUGCUGUACGGACUCGCUGCCCUGGGCAAAAAGGGUGACGCCAUUUCCUACGCCCGGAUUCAGCAGCAGAAGCAGCAGGCUGACGAGGAGAAGCUCGCAGAGACCCUGGAGGGGGAGCUGUGAUGCGGGUCCAGGGGACCUCCCCACCCUCUCGCUCCUUGGGUUCUGCGUGAGCAAGUUCAAGAGGACAGG